AUGAUAUGGGGAGGGGGAGCAGCGGUGAGUGGUGAGUGGUGAGCGCUUGUGUCCUGCCCUGUUGUGGCAGCAACACUUUUCGAUCCCCACGAAGUUAGUUAGUCACUCAUUAGUUGUUUGUACUGAAUCGCGAUUCUUUGCUCGGUCAAUGUGUGAAAAAGGGAGUGAGCUCGUCUGUUUGUCAGUGCUUACCGUUUAGUGCUUGUUGCCACCACCAACGAGUAGGAUCGAGACACUCGCUCAUUUCGGGGGAGGCAUUUUCUUCAUACUAACGCAACCUAAGUGGCGUCAAAUCAUUCAGUUGGCAUCGGGGUUUGACUCCAGUCGCAUCUAGUCAGCCAGCUACCCAACCAACCAACCAACUAACCCACCAACGCGUUGACCACGGGAGGGUGGGCAGGGCACUGUCAUUGCCGUUGAUCGAGACACGCCUUGAAAGGUCUUCCAUGCCGCAUCCUCAUCUCGUCAUUGUUAACCACGUGAGAAAUCCGGGAGCGCUGGCGCUUUUCGCCCUCCGUCCGUUCAUCCGGAACCCCCAGAAGGCCACCGCCAGUCGGCCCUGAUCAAGGGUUGGAUGGCAUCCAAUCGUGUCGAGAUUGUCCCCCUUUCUCUCUUUCUUAAAGUGAUUGUCUGAGCGCACUUUGUUCUCAUCCAUUGAAAGACAGACGUCAUCAUCCACCCAUUGGGCGGGUUUGGAUUGAGAGAGACUUGAUAGCCAAGUUAGGUGGUGUUGUGAUAGCCCGUGAUAGCCCUUGAUAGCCCGUGACAGCCCGAGCUUGAUCCUGAGUCAUGUCGUUGAUUGGACUCGUUGGCAAACGGUGUGCCCUCUGGGGCCUGAUCUUGGGCGUGCUCUGGGUUCUGGAUGUCCUCCAUGUUGUGGGAUGGCCAGGACUGCUGUUGGCCGCCAUGACAGUCUACCUAAUGACCGGAGGCUUGUACACCAUGUACUUGUGCUGGCACACUCUACCUCGAGACAUGAGAGGAGCCUAUCGUUAUUUGCGCUUGCUGUAUCUCGUGUAUAGCUAUCAGAAACGGAACAUGACCGUGCCCAAGGCUUUCAAAGAGCGCGUCCAAGCUCAUCCCAACCGAGUUUGUCUCAUUCACGAAGACACCCAAUGGACGUUUCAAGACAUGGAAGACUUCAGUAAUCGAGUGGCCCACUAUUUUUUACGAUUGGGUUAUAAACCCGGCGAUUGUGUAGCCUUGGUCAUGAAUAAUUGUCCGGAGUACGUCGGGUUAUGGUUGGGUUGCGCCAAAAUUGGCAUGGUACCCGCCCUUAUCAAUUCCAACCUCUCGGGACAACCGCUCUUACACAGUAUUGAAGCGGCCUCGGCCAAAGUUUGCAUUUACGGCUCAGACCUCAGUUCAAACCUGAAAAGUAUCGCUCAUCUUAUCCCCAAUGUCGAACUGUGUUCAUACGGAUCCAAAUCGAAUAUUCGGGAUAAUGUUACUGCCCUGGACCGUGAAUUGGUCAACUCUUCGGUGGACGAUGUACCCGAUUCGGUCCAGAAUUGCUACAAUUUCAAUGACAAAUUGCUCUACAUUUACACCUCGGGCACCACGGGCCUCCCAAAAGCGGCCGUGAUCAAGCAUUCCAGGUUCUACUUCUACUGCGCUGGGAUGUAUUACCUGAACGAUAUGGGUAACAUCAAAGGCCAUCCCAUUUUCUACGACCCCCUGCCUUUAUAUCAUUCUGCCGGAGGCAUCGUGGGCAUUGGGCUAAUGAUGGUGUUUGGCUCCACGGUCGUCAUUCGUAAAAAGUUUUCUGUCAGAAACUUCUGGAAAGAUUGUUGCAAAUACAAUUGCAAUGGAGCUCAAUACAUUGGAGAAAUCUGUCGCUAUUUGCUCUCUGCUCCUGAAACGCCGGAGGAGAAGCAGCAUAGCGUGGAAAUCAUGUUUGGAAACGGACUUCGACCUCAGAUCUGGGAACAAUUCACCAAUAGAUUUGGAAUUCACAGAAUAGGAGAAUUCUACGGAGCCACAGAAGGCAACUCUAAUGUUUUAAAUAUCGACAGCAUCCCUGGGGCGGUGGGAUUUGUGUCUGUCUUAUUUCCAUUCGUUUACCCUGUACGACUUAUUCGUGUGGAUGAGUCUGGCAAUGUGCUACGAGAUCCUUCGGGACUUUGCGUUCUCUGUCAACCUGGUGAGCCAGGCGAAUUCGUGGGUAAAAUUGUGAAGAACCACCCGUCUCGUAGUUUCGACGGAUACGUCGAUCCUGCCGCCACAGAGAAGAAAAUUGUUCACAAUGUAUUGAAACAAGGCGAUAUGUGGUUUCGGUCUGGUGAUCUGCUGAGCAUGGACCAAUUUGGAUGGAUGUACUUUGUCGAUCGAUUAGGCGAUACCUUUAGAUGGCGAGGUGAAAAUGUGUCUACGAAUGAAGUCGAGGGCGUUUUGAGCAAUAUAUUGGACCAAAAACAUACAAUCGUUUACGGAGUUGAGGUUCCUGGGGUUGAGGGUCGUGCAGGUAUGGCUGCCGUUGAAGAACCUUCAGGGCAGCUGAAUAUUGCCGAGUUCUUGGUUGGUAUAAAGCAGAAUCUACCGCCCUAUGCCAUGCCAAUGUUUGUGAGGCUAGUCAAACAAUUAGAUAUCACAGGGACCUUUAAAAUCAGGAAAAUGUCACUUCAAAGAGAAGGCUACAAUCCAAAUUUGAUAUCGGAUCCUUUGUUCUUCUAUGACAAUGAAAAGUCUACCUAUCGAUCUCUUGAUGCUUGCUUGUACUCUGAUAUAAUUCAAAUGAAAUUUAGGCUGUGACAUCGUUCUAGUUUGUGAACAGACCCGCCCCAUGAUUUUUCUUUCCCCACCCCCUCCAUUAUAUGACGCGAAGAAAAGUCACAAUCGAAUCGUGUUAAGUAUCACACUCUUCUCCUCAACCCUUCAAUUUGCGCUGCAGUUAAAAGCUUGCUUAGGUACUCACUUCGACAUCAAGCGCCUGGAGAUGGCAAAACUAACCAGUACUCGUCCACUUCGAACUAAUCUCUUUUGAGUCAACUCGCUUUGUCCCAUUUUAUACCCACCCUAAGUGAAUACUGAACUGUACAUGUUCCAGAAAUAUAUCCACAAUAAAAAAACACCCUAUCAGGGCAUUCCUUUGGAAACUGACUGUAAUAUGUUGAUUGAUUCAAGGUUUUGUAAUGUAGGCUUAAAAAUGUACUAGAACUGGAAAUUACCAUUUUGGCAUCGGGAAGCCGAAGCAACUUGUUUCAGGAGGCAUUUGAGAACCACGGGACUGUGUGAUACGAUGUGUUGAUGUAGAAUGAUUAUCUUGAAACAUUCAAUCAAAACUUUUUCUCUUCGUACUCGCACGUUCUUGAUAAGUCAUUUCGAAUGUAUUUGUUAAAGACUAAUAGUGGUUCCAGGAACUGGGAAAAAAAUAAAGAAAUAAAACAUGGGGCCGUCUG